AUGCCAAAAAGCAAAAACACUCCUAACCGUGGAUACGAUCCUAGACUUCUACCUUCUGGUCAUUGUUUUUGUAUGUAUGAACCCUAUGAAAGCUGCGAUGUAUUGGAACUCAAGCAGGAUUACGUAUAUGAAUUUCUUGACGAGGGUGGAGUUUGUCCUUGUAUUAUAGAGAACAACAAAAAAUUUGAAAAUAGGAUUAACUACUUAAAAAAAAAAGCAAAGAAAACUGGUUCCUCAUUCUGUAAACCUGGUCCUAGAACUGAAAGAGUAUAUGAUAUGAGCGCUUUUGAUGAUGACGAUUCAGACUAUGGUGAUGGUGAUAACAAUGAUGAUUCCUUUGGCUACACACCCAGAGCAGCCAUUGCCUUUCUAGGCUGA